UAAUCUUAGAUAUCAGUAAAUUAUCUACAUUAUUGUCAUUUUAAUUAGUUUACCUACGUCUUACAUAUUUUAUAUUGGUGUCGAUAUUUCUUUAAUAUUGUGGAUUGUAUAUUAAACAUGUGGCAUAUUCUUGUACCGCUGCUGGUAGCGCCCUCUUUCGGGCUGAGGACCUUCGAGCCACCGCCGCCGCCUGUCACCACUAGAAAUAAUAUAACAGAACACUGGUUUACUGUUAGAUUAAACCAUUUUAUGGCGCACAACAAUGAAACAUUUCAAAUGCGGUUCUACUACAACAAUGAGUUUGUAAAUGCCUCUCAUAUCCCCGAAAUAGUCGUCUUCGUCGGCGGUGAGUGGGCCAUCUAUCCCGGGUGGGUGGGGGGAGGGUUGGCCCACGAGUUGGCCAGCAUUCUCCACGCCGGUCUAUUCUACACUGAACACAGAUACUACGGACUUACAAGACCUACUGCAAACACUACAGUUUCGGAACUUCGUUACUUGAAUGUGGACCAAGCUUUGGCAGAUUUAGCUCAAUUCAUCGAAUACGUCAAGAGUGAACAGUUCGAAAAUGGAAUAUACAGGAACAGCAAAGUGGUGCUGGUGGGAUGUUCGUACGCCGGCAGCAUGGCGACAUGGAUGCGGCUGGCAUACCCCCACCUGGUGGACGCUGUGUUCUCUGACAGUGGACCUCUGCACGCUCAAGAGGACUUCCCUGAAUACCUGGAGGUGAUAACAGAAGCGUUGCGCACCCAAGGCAGUGAAGAGUGCCUGUCCAGUGUGUCUGAGGCCGUGCAGCUGAUGGUGGAACUCCUCGAAACAGAAGACGGAGCGGCGACCAUCUCCUCGCUCUUUAACACAUGCUCUCCAAUCGACACAUCAUCCGAGUGGGACAUCCCGACCUUCUUCUGGUACGGCAUCACGGAGACCUUUGCGGCGCUGGUGCAGUACGCCACCCCCGGGAACAUACCGGCCGCUUGCGCUGUGCUCACCAAUUCUAAUAUAUCGGAUCCGGUACAGCGUCUCGCGAACUGGAUCACCGCCCAAAGCUGGACGCAGCCGUGUAUAGAGUCCAGAUAUUCGGAGGUGGUCACCGCUCACACCAACACAGACUACGACUCGCCUAACUCAGUCAUGCGCCUGUGGACCUACCAGACCUGCGUGGAGUACGGAUGGUACCAGACCACUACCAGCUCGCGCCAACCCUUCCUGUCGACUGUACCACUCGAGUACUUCCAUCAGAUGUGCAAGGACUUCUAUUCAAUCGACUUCGAUGAAGUCCGCCUACGGCAAGGUAUUGUGAGGACCAACAACUUGUUCGCGGGUCUGACCCACCUACCCGACUACUCGGUGUCGGUGGCGGGUGGCCACGACCCGUGGUCACCGAUGGGCCCCAACGUGACUCACGCGACCGCACUGGCGUCUGUGUACGUUGUUCCUGGAGUAUCACACUGCAGAGCGAUCACAGCGACAGGCAACAGCGAUACUGAAGAACUGGAACGAGUGAAGCAAGCAGUGCUGAGUGAUUUACACCUGUACAUAACGGGGAUCCCGCUCACCAAAGCAGCGAACGUGGCAGUACCACCACUAGUUUUAAUCGUAGCUGUAACCUUCGCCAUGAUCUGAGCUGGUGUCAAGUAAUAAUUUUGUAGGGGAACCUUUUGUACCUAGGUCGGUUUUUGUCAAAUUUUUUUCUGUAAUUUGAUGCAUUGGACAUAAACUAAAUUUAUAUAUUUUUCAAGAUAAGUUACUUGAUUACCUAUUAGUAAAAUAAAUGGACAAUUUAUACUUGCAUGUGUUUAAUAUUCGUAAAUUUAUUAUUGUUUUAAAACAUUUGAAAAAUCAAAGAAUCCAUUGUAUAAUAAAUGUUAAGUGACCAAUAAAAAAAUCAUAGAAAUAACAGACUUCAAAAUAUAUUAAAAGUAUUUUUUUGUCAAAAAACUUUUUUUUUUUUCUUAAUAACACCAUAUACAUGAUUAAUGGUGGUAAGCGGUUAACUUCACAUUAGAUAGUCUGCAGUGAUGUACCGAAUACCAAAGGCAAAAUAAUAUAAUAACACGGGAACAUUUAAACAAGCUACGUGGCCUAGGUACACAUAGUGGCAGGGCUCAACAGGUUCUCCUAUAGUUUGUUACAAUACAACUUAAUGAAAAUAUAAAUAAAAGUAACUGGUGAUCCAUUUCUACACUGUAAGCCAGUGUAUUAGGUAGCUGGAGGCCAAUUCUCGUGCAUUCGAAUGAAUCACAAAAUCGAGAAAUAGUUCGAAUUCGAACAUUUCUCGAGCGAAAAUCAAGACAUGUCAUGUCAAUUCUAGAUAUGUCGAUUCCGAGAUUUCUCGAGGGAAGGCCGAUCGAGAUAUUUCGAGUGAUCGUGAGCAUUCGAGACGGAUAAUGUCGAUUCGAACCACGAGAAAUAUCAUUAUUAUUGUUUUGUUUUUUAAUGCAAACCCAAGUAGGUAAGUAUCAAAUAUUUUUAUUAUUUUUCGACGAAUAUUUCUUUGAAAGAUAGAUAGCUAAAUAAUUUAUUUGCAUUACUUACAGCACACAAACAACAAUAGACAUAGAUGCACAGCGAAAAAAAGAUGAAAAAAAAUAAUAUACAAAAAAUAAAAAAAGUAAAAAAUAAGUUAAAAAUUUUUCCCUUCAUGGAAAAAAUUUUGUCUAUUUAAUUUUCCAAAAUGAAAUAAAAGACACAAAUGUAUUUGUAUAACGGUACUUUAUUGAUACCACUAACUAUUACAAUUGUCAUAUGCCGUGUUAAAGCGAUACGGAAGCGAUGGAAUAUGCCGGGGGUCACAGCGGCGUACGAGCGGCGGGGGUCGUGGCUCCCCGCGACUAACAUCGACGACAUUUGCACACCACAUUCGCGUCUAGUGACGUCCAAAACAUUAGUACUACAUAUUGGUGGUUUCCAAUUCUGUUAGUUACUGUAUACAUAAUACAUCAAACAUUAUUUCAUAAUUGUCACAUAUGUAUAUAUGUAUGUACAAAUUCCAUCAAAUCCAUUAUAUAAAACGCCAAUUUUUAUCAAAGCUCGUGUAAUUAAUAUGUUUAUAAAUAUUAUAUAUAUAUAUAUAUAUAUAUAUAUAUAUAUAUAUA